GGGGGGGGGGGGGGAGGGCGAUGGAUAAUUCCAGAGCCAAACCCUGUUUGCCGCAAAACAUAUCGUGCUUUUCUUUCGCUUGGUUGCUAUGAUAUGGUGGCUUAAUUUUCGGAGUCCCAUAGUCUUUUAUCUUUUUCCUUUGUGGGGAAUUGGAUGGUGUACGCGGUGUUUUAUGAUAUCUGCUGGUCUUUUGUUGUUACUAUACGUACAAGGUAUUAAUUGUAAUGUUCUAUCCCGACAGCUAGUCAAUUUAAAAAUCAAUCUCACUAGAAAAGGCCCUGCAUCAGGAAGCCAACUAGGAAGAAGAGUAGGGACGAGGGUUGUCAAGAUAGCGAUGCGGCCCAACUCUGUGCAGGCAAACUGGCGGCUGUUUGAGAUGGGAAGCCUUUCUGCACAGUACAAA